CCCUGCCUACCCUGGGCUUCUCUUAGGGCAGACUCAGAAGGAAGUGCCCCUUCCUGAAUUAACUGAUAGCUAGAUAGUGGUGGCCAAGGAAGAGGGUGGGACGUUACAACGCAGGUGAUCCGUGAGUUUCGUUUUGGGGUGCAAACCAGGUCAGUGGGAUGCCUCACACUGAGAGAGAAGAGCUCACGCCUGAGGAAAGUGACCAACUGCUGCUUCUCCCGGGUGGCUACCCUCCAUUGUGGAACCACAUGGACUCUCUUGGGUCAGUAGGGUUGCGGCAAAGGGAAGGAGCUCCUGGCUGUUCCCAGGAGGGCUUGCCCUGCCCCUCAGACAGCUCUGAGCUGGUGUUGGAGUGUCUACAGCAAUUCAAGGUGACGAAGACACAGCUGCGGCAGAUCCAAGCCAGCCUCCUGGGCUCUAUGGAGCAGGCACUGGGGGGACAGGCCAGCCCUGCCUCUGCUGUCCGGAUGCUGCCCACAUAUGUGGGGUCCACCCCACAUGGCACUGAGCAAGGGGAUUUUGUGGUGCUGGAGCUGGGGGCCACAGGGGCCUCACUGCGUGUUCUGUGGGUGACCCUGGUGGGUAUUGAGGGACAUAGGAUGGAGCCCCGGAGCCAGGAGUUUGUGAUCCCCCCAGAGGUGAUGCUGGGUCCCGGUCAGCAGCUCUUUGACUUUGCUGCCCACUGUCUGUCUGAGUUCCUCGAUGCACUCCCCGUGGACAAAGAGGGUCUGCAGCUUGGGUUCAGCUUCUCCUUCCCUUGUCACCAGACGGGCCUGGACAGGGUGAGGCAAAGUGGGCAUGGGGACAGUAGGUGGAGGAGUUGCAGCCCCAUGAAGGCUGUUGGAGGAAUGACCCAGCUUUUCUGCCCCCAGAGCACCCUUAUUUCCUGGACCAAAGGUUUUAGGUGCAGUGGUGUGGAAGGCCACGAUGUGGUCCAGUUACUGCGAGAUGCCAUCAAGAGGCAGGGGGCCUACAGCAUCGAUGUGGUUGCCGUGGUGAAUGACACAGUGGGCACCAUGAUGGGCUGCGAGCCAGGGGUUGGGCCGUGUGAGGUCGGGCUUGUUGUAGACACUGGCACCAAUGCAUGUUACAUGGAGGAGGCAAGGCAUGUGGCAGUGCUGGAUGAGGACCGGGGCCGCGUCUGCGUCAGCGUUGAGUGGGGCUCCUUCAAUGAUGAUGGGGUCCUGGGACCAGUGCUGACCACCUUUGACCAUGCCUUGGACCGAGAGUCCCUGAAUCCUGGUGCCCAGAGGUUUGAGAAGAUGAUUGGGGGCUUGUACCUGGGUGAGCUGGUGAGGCUUGUGUUGGCUCACCUGGCCCAGCGAGGGGUCCUCUUUGGUGGCUGCACCUCCCCUGCCCUACUGAGCCAUGGCAGCAUCCUCCUGGAGCACGUGGCUGAGAUGAAGGACCCGUUGGCUGGGGCAGCCCGUGUGCAUGCUAUCCUGCGGGACUUGGGCCUGAGUGUGGGGGCCUCGGACGCUGAGCUGGUGCAGUACGUGUGUGCAGCUGUGUUCACUCGGGCUGCCCGGCUCUGUGCCGCUGCCCUGGCGGCUGUUCUUGCCCGCCUCCAGCACAGCCGGGAGCAGCAGGUGCUUCAGAUUGCUGUGGCCACCGGAGGCCGAGUGUUCGAGCGACACCCCAGUUUCCUCAGCAUCCUGCAGGAGACCGUGAUGCUCCUGGCCCCCGAAUGUGAUGUCUCCUUCAUUCCCUCUGUGGAUGGGGGUGGCCAGGGCGUGGCAAUGGUGACUGCUGUGGCCGCCCGCCUGGCUGCUCACCGCCGCCUGCUGGAAGAGACCCUGGCGCCUUUCCGGCUGGACCAUGAGCAGCUGGCAGCGGUGCAGGCACAGAUGCGGGAGGCCAUGGUCAAGGGGCUCCGAGGGGAGGCCUCAUCCCUCCGCAUGCUGCCCACUUAUGUCCGGGCCACACCUGAUGGCACUGAACGCGGGGACUUCCUGGCCCUGGACUUGGGGGGCACCAACUUCCGGGUCCUCUUGGUGCGUGUGACAGCAGGAGGUGUGAAGAUCACCAGCCAGGUCUACUCCAUCCCGGAGUAUGUGGCCCAGGGCUCUGGACAGCAGCUCUUCGACCACAUCGUGGACUGCAUUGUGGACUUCCAGCAGAAGCAGGGCCUGAGUGGGCAGAGCCUCCCGCUGGGUUUCACCUUCUCCUUCCCAUGCAGGCAGCUUGGCCUCGACCAGGGCAUCCUCCUAACCUGGACAAAGGGUUUCAAUGCAUCAGACUGUGAGGGCCAAGACGUUGUGUGUCUGUUGCGGGAAGCCAUCGGGCGAAGACAGGCAGUGGAGCUGAAUGUGGUUGCCAUUGUCAAUGACACGGUGGGGACCAUGAUGUCCUGUGGCUAUGAGGAUCCCCGUUGUGAGGUCGGCCUCAUUGUUGGAACCGGCACCAAUGCCUGCUACAUGGAGGAGCUUCAGAAUGUGGCAGCUGUGCCUGGGGACUCAGGCCACAUGUGCAUAAAUAUGGAGUGGGGUGCCUUUGGGGAUGAUGGCUCUCUGGACUUGCUUAGAACCUGCUUUGAUGCAAAUGUGGACCAGGCAUCCAUCAACCCCGGCAAGCAGAGCUUUGAGAAGAUGAUCAGUGGCAUGUACCUGGGGGAGAUCGUCCGCCAUAUUCUCUUGCAUUUGACCAGCCUUGGAGUUCUCUUCCGGGGCCAGCAGACCCAGCGACUUCAGACCAGGGACAUCUUCAAGACCAAGUUUCUCUCUGAGAUUGAAAGUGACAGCCUGGCUCUGAGGCAGGUCCGAGCCAUCCUGGAGGAUCUGGGGCUGUCCCUGACCUCAGAUGACGCCCUGAUGGUCCUGGAGGUGUGCCAGGCUGUGUCCCAGCGGGCUGCUCAGCUCUGCGGGGCUGGUGUGGCAGCUGUGGUGGAGAAGAUCCGUGAGAACCGGGGCCUAGAAGAGCUGACUGUGUCCGUAGGGGUGGAUGGGACCCUCUACAAGCUGCACCCCCACUUUUCCAGCCUGGUGGCAGCCACAGUGAGGGAGCUGGCCCCUCGCUGUGUGGUCACCUUCCUGCAGUCGGAAGAUGGAUCCGGCAAAGGUGCAGCCCUGGUCACUGCGGUUGCCUGCCGCCUUGCCCAGAUGGCCCGUGUUUGAAGAAGUCUCCAGGAACUACCCUUGCUGAACCAGGGCCCAGACCCCACCUGUCCCCAGCCAUGCAUGACUCCCAGAAUAGCCCAAGUGUGGCCCUUCUGCGGCCACUAGCCUUGACCUCUGGCUUUCCCAGAGAGAAGUAGCACUCAGGUUAGCAAUAUAUAUAUAUAAUUUAUUUACA